UUAUUUCAAGGAGUUCACAGUCUGAUACGAGCUCGUUGCUCUCUCUUUCUCUCUCUAUCGGAUUUAAGGGAAAGGGCAAAUCGCAGCUGGGCGAGAAAUUCAUAAAUACUCCAUAAACUCGAAGAGCGACCUCUGAUUGACCUCAAUCUAGACCGUCAGAUCCUGCUGUCGCCGGCGAUGGCCUUGUCUGUCUCCUCCAUCUCCGUCCGAUCCCCAAACUUCCCUCUUUUCGCCUUCAUUUCUCUCCUCCUCCUCCUCCACGUUUCUCCUGCUUUCGCCUCCGAGGCGGAUCACAAGUAUCAACCAGAUGACCCAGUUACCCUUUGGGUGAAUAAGGUUGGUCCUUAUAAUAAUCCACAAGAAACUUAUAACUACUACAGCCUUCCAUUUUGCCAUCCAUCUGGCAGUGCUGGACACAAGUGGGGUGGCCUUGGUGAGGUCCUGGGAGGCAAUGAACUUAUUGAUAGCAAGAUUGACAUAAAGUUCCAGAGGAAUGUGGAUAAAGGCACCAUUUGUUCACUUGAAAUUGAUGAAGCAAAAGUCAAACAAUUUAAGGAUGCAAUUGAGAACAAUUACUGGUUUGAAUUUUUCAUGGAUGAUCUGCCAUUGUGGGGCUUUGUUGGUGAGUUGCAUCCUGACAAGAACAGUGAUAAUGGCAAGCAUGUCCUUUACACCCACAAGAGCAUCACUGUCAAAUACAAUAAAGAUCAGAUUAUCCAUGUCAAUCUUACACAAGAUGGUCCCAAGCCCUUAGAAGCUGGUAGAAUAUAUGACUUGACAUAUUCUGUUAAAUGGAUUUCAACUAAUAUCACUUUUGCUCGUCGUUUUGAUGUGUAUUUGGACUACCCUUUCUUCGAGCACCAGAUCCAUUGGUUCUCCAUUUUCAAUUCAUUCAUGAUGGUUAUCUUUCUCACUGGUUUGGUGUCAAUGAUAUUGAUGCGGACUCUUAGAAAUGACUAUGCCAAGUAUGCUCGGGAAGAUGAUGAUCUUGAGUCUCUGGAAAGAGAUGUUAGUGAGGAGUCUGGUUGGAAACUUGUUCAUGGGGAUGUUUUCCGGCCACCACGCACUUUAGUUCUUCUUUCAGCUGUUGUUGGGACUGGUGCUCAGCUAGCACUACUUGUGCUUCUUGUCAUCUUGUUGGCCAUUGUUGGGACACUAUAUGUUGGGAGGGGAGCAAUUGUCACUACUUUCAUUGUAUGUUAUGCGCUCACAUCUUUCAUUUCUGGUUAUGUGAGUGGGGGAAUGUAUUCGCGCCAUGGUGGUAAAAAUUGGAUAAAGUCGAUGAUCCUCACAGCUUCUCUGUUUCCAUUUAUGUGUUUUGGGAUUGGGUUCAUCUUAAACACAAUUGCUAUAUUCUAUGGGUCUUUAGCAGCUAUACCCUUUGGCACCAUGGUAGUUGUUUUCGUAAUUUGGGCUUUCAUUUCCUUCCCUCUGGCACUUCUUGGCACAGUUGUUGGAAGGAAUUGGAGUGGUGCUCCAAACAAUCCAUGCCGUGUGAAGACCAUUCCUCGUCCAAUUCCUGAGAAGAAAUGGUACCUCACACCAUCUGUUGUUUCACUGAUGGGAGGACUGCUACCCUUUGGCAGCAUAUUCAUUGAGAUGUAUUUUGUCUUCACAUCCUUCUGGAAUUACAAGGUGUACUAUGUGUAUGGCUUUAUGCUACUUGUUUUUCUGAUACUCAUUAUUGUCACUGUUUGUGUGACAAUUGUUGGAACAUAUUUCUUGCUCAAUGCUGAGAACUAUCACUGGCAGUGGACAUCAUUUUUCUCUGCUGCCUCAACAGCCGUUUAUGUUUACUUAUACUCAAUAUAUUACUACUACGUGAAGACUAAGAUGUCAGGCUUCUUCCAAACAAGCUUCUAUUUUGGAUACACUUUGAUGUUCUGUCUUGGUUUAGGAAUCCUCUGCGGAGCUGUUGGUUAUUUGGGCUCAAAUUUGUUUGUGAGGAGGAUCUACAGAAACAUCAAGUGUGACUAAAUUUCAGCGAGGAGAAAGAGGCCUGGGAGCUUCUCUAGCGCAUUCUUGUUGAGACUAAAUUUUAAGGAAGCCUCUGGUCACGUGGUGGGGAUCAGUCAAGCUUGCAAAUGGAUCAAAAUGUUUGGCAACGGGAAAUAUUCUUCUUUCUCUGGACUAGGGGAAGCCCUGAGAUUGUUUUUGGUAUUUUUUUUUUCCCCUGCUGUAAGUGAAAUCCUUAAUUUAGAAUUCAGAGAUUGUUCUUAUAAUCUGUGAAGUUAGCAAAAUAUAUUAAACGCCUGUCAUUUUUUUUUUUUCACUUUUUACAAAUAGUGCCCUAUGUAAGAAUUGAUGUCUAAUUCAUAUUUUCUUGAA